UUUCUGCUGUGAUAGUCUUCAGCAGACAGAGGCUGGGGCUAGAGUGAGGCAUACCUGUUUACAUAGUGUGUGCAGUGCCUUGUGGAAUUCUGAGCUUUAUUUUUGUUUAAUCAAAAAAUAGAUGCAAUGAUAGAAUGAAGUGAAUUGGCUUCUUUGGACUAAUGGGAGCUUGUUUUCUGCAUUAAGAUCAAGAACUUUUCUGGAAUCCUCUGUUCUCUGAGUAGCCUGUAGUUUCUCCCUUUUUUUCCCCUCAAUUUGAAGAACACUGAGAAAAAUCAGCAAACUUCAUCUCCCAAAGAGCUCUCCCUCUUUUUUGUCAAUACUUGAAGAUUUCUGCUCCAAAAUCUUUGAGCUGCCUGAGCAUCGUGGUUGAUAACUGAAGGGUAAAGCAUCUCCUUUGUAGUAUGUGUUACAGAAAUUCUUCAGAUAACUUCACUUGCUAACACAGAUGGCCCUUUAUGGAUUUCUUGUAAAGCCUGUUUGAAUAAACAACUCUUUCCUCUCAAAUGGGCAAGAGUAACUCUUCAGCACCAUGGAGAGGUCAGGCCAGCGAACAACGACGUGGGACUGUGACCAGGGCAAGCAAUCUGACAGUGAUUACCGAGAGGAUGGGAUGGAUCUAGGCAGUGACGCCGGCAGCAGCAGCAGCAGUAGCCGCGCCAGUUCGCAGUCCAACUCCACCAAAGUGACCCCUUGCUCCGAGUGCAAAUCCUCGCCGUCGCCGGGGGGCAGCCUGGACUUGGUGUCUGCCCUGGAGGGCUAUGAGGAGCCCUUCCCGGUCUACCAGAAGAAGGUGAUUGAUGAGUGGGCGCCGGAGGAGGACGCGGAGAAGGAAGACGAGGAGGAGCGCAGCGAGCGAGGGUACCGGGAUGACCGCUGUCCUGCCCAGGAGCCGGGGGACGUGAGCGCCAGGACCCGCAGCGGCGGCGGCAGGGGCGCCACCACCGCCAUGCCGCCCCCCGUGCCCAACGGCAACCUCCACCCGCACGACCCCCAGGACCUCAGGCACAAUGGCAACGUGGUGGUGGCCAGCCGGCCGAGCGGCUCCCGGGGCCCCCGCCGGGCGGUCCAGAAGCCUCAGCCGGCUGGGGGCCGGCGCGGUGGCCGGGGCCCGGCGGCCGGGAGCCUCUGUCUUCAGCCCACGGACAGCGGGACGUGCGUCCCGGAGGAGCCCCCGGUGCCCCCUAUGGACUGGGAGGCUCUGGAGAAGCAUCUGGCUGGGCUUCAGUUCCGGGAGCAGGAGGUGCGGAACCAGGGCCAGGCGAGGACCAACUCCACCUCGGCACAGAAAAAUGAAAGAGAAUCUAUCCGACAGAAGUUGGCACUUGGAAGCUUCUUUGAUGAUGGCCCGGGAAUUUAUACCAGCUGUAGCAAAAGUGGGAAGCCAAGCCUUUCCUCCCGCCUGCAGAGUGGGAUGAACCUGCAGAUAUGCUUUGUCAACGACAGCGGCAGCGAUAAGGACAGCGAUGCCGAUGACAGCAAGACCGAAACGAGCUUGGACACCCCCUUGUCUCCCAUGAGCAAACAGAGUUCUUCCUAUUCCGAUAGAGACACUACUGAAGAGGAAUCCGAAUCCCUGGAUGACAUGGAUUUCCUCACAAGGCAAAAGAAAUUGCAAGCCGAAGCCAAAAUGGCCCUUGCCAUGGCCAAACCAAUGGCCAAAAUGCAAGUAGAAGUGGAAAAACAGAACAGGAAGAAGUCUCCCGUCGCUGAUCUUCUGCCACACAUGCCUCAUAUAAGUGAAUGCUUGAUGAAAAGAAGUUUAAAGCCCACUGACCUGAGAGACAUGACUAUUGGGCAGCUACAAGUGAUAGUCAAUGAUCUCCAUUCCCAGAUAGAAAGCUUGAAUGAAGAGUUGGUCCAGCUGCUCCUCAUACGAGAUGAGCUGCACACAGAGCAAGACGCCAUGCUGGUGGACAUCGAGGACCUGACCAGCACCAGCGCCACCAGAUUGCUCUCACCAUGGGGAGACUCCAAGACUUGAGUUUCUAGCUGGGCCUGGUUCCGAGCGCCUGUCUGUAAAGAGACACGCUGAGAGUCAGCAGAAGCACAUGGCCGAGAAAAUGCCUGCAAAGUGAAAAGAAGCCAUCCAACCAGAGGACAAGCUAGAAUUUAUUUUGCUUCUGUGGUUGUAAAAAUGCUGUUGCUAAAGGUGGCAUAGAAACAAACAAAUAUCAGUGUUAGUCAUCGAUAAUGUCUGAAGCUUAACGUCCAGUGAUUGGCCUUUGCUUCUUAAUUUAUUUUAAUUUUUUUACUGUGCCACUAAAUAUCAGGCAUUUUAAUAAAAUAUUGUUACAAAAAAUGUACAGUACUUACACCAUCCCAAAUCAUGGUUAAUCAAAGAGGGUAGUUUUAACUUUAUUUUUAUUUGUUUAGAGAUUCUGAGUUGGAGCAGUAUUUUACCAUUUGACUGCUUUCAUUCUUCACUGUAGUUUUAAAGAAGAACUGUAAAUGACGGUGCUAUCCAAGUCAAAAAAUACAUGCCUGCCUCGUAGUGAAGUUGUAGGUCUCUGUAAUAUGUAUAUUUUAAUCAGUUUUCAACAUUUUGUGAAUGUUGACUACCUGAAGUUCAUUUUUAGAUGUGCUAUUAACAUUCUGUUGGAUUCAGAGGGUUCCUUAAAAGUUUUAUGUAUAAAUAUGUAAAAUAAAAAUUAAAACUUUGUUUCA